GUAGGUACUGGAGCACCGCGACGCUUUUGCGUCAGCUGCGAAGGUACUUAUGAGAGGGUAUCACGCCGCUUAAUUUAGUUCGAUUACAGCUGCAAAUCUCUCGUCAUCAGCAGCACUACCGACGUCGACAGUAGUAGUAGUACCAACAACAGGUGGUACUUUUACUUACGAAUCGGGCAAAGAGACGCUGCAGCGAAAAACGCGCGCGUCCCCAGCUAGCGACGCAUCAUCAAAGAGUUUAAUGAAUGUGGACAAUCGUGUCAGUGUGUUAAGUGGCAAAAACAACAAAGAUUGAGAUUUUGCAAGGAAAAGUUGCAUAAACAGCUUUAGAUCAUUCUCCGACCUUGUCGCGCUAUUGAUGCUGUCGAUGCCUUUUAGCUCAAUGAACUGAUAACCACCAUUCUGCACAAUUAGUUCCUUACCGUAUGGGUAAGAUAUAAGAGUAUACCAUGGUAAAGAAGAAUGAUUUCCCAUCGACCUUUACCAUCGACAACUUCAGCUCGACAGCUACACUAGCAAACAAUGACCAAAUUAAGUCACCAAAUGGCUCAAGCAAGGCAAACUUACACGAAGAAUACAAUCCGUACGAUAACAGAUCACUGGAACAUCCAAACUCAUUCCUUGGUGCGCUCAUACACAUAAUAAAGGCUUCCCUUGGGCUGGGAAUUCUGUCAAUUCCCAGAGCUUUCAGGACAGCCGGUCUAGUAGUAGGAUUCCUAGGAACGGUGAUCAUAGGUGCAAUAUGCACGCACACAGUUCACAUUCUGGUGAGGGCCUCGCAAAAGGUGUGCGUGAAGGUAAAAACGCCGAGCCUGGACUUUGCGGAAACGGCUGAGGAGGUUUUUAAAACCGGUCCUGCAUUCCUUAGGGGCUGGUCAUCCUUUGCAAGGAACUCCGUUGAUAUAGCAUUGGCAGCUACCCAUUUACUUGGAUUAUCUGUCUACGUAGUAUUUAUUGCAGAAACGCUUUUGAAGCUAUUGGCGCCAUACCACCCACCAAUUGCUGAACAUUAUACAGAAUGGGCUCUGUACGUAAAGCUGAUUAUACUCCUUCCAUUGAUCCUAUGUUGCCAGAUAAAGGAGUUGAAGCACUUGGUCCCAUUUUCCUUCAUCGCCAACGUGACCAUGAUCAUUGCUUUCUCCAUCACACUUUACUACAUGAUCUUGGAAAUGAAGUACGCUGAUAUAAACGAUCGAAAUCUAGCAACAAACAUAUCAGCGAUUCCGUCCUUCUUCAGCACAGUUAUUUUUGCGAUGGAAGGCAUCGGUACUGUGAUGCCUUUGGAAAACUCCAUGAUAGACGGGCAGUUCAUCGGAUGUCCAGGAGUGCUAAACUUCGGCAUGACUAUUGUCACUUCACUCUUCGUGGGUAUGGGUUUCUGUGGGUACUACAGCUUUGGAGAAGCCACAGAAGUCACGAUCACGCAAAACUUGCCAUCUGACGAAAUACUGGCACAAAUAGUCCAAGGAUGUAUAUCUGCUUCAGUAUUCUUCUCAUUCAUGUUGAUCUUCUACGUACCAAUAGACAUAUGCUGGAGGAAAAUACAUCACCGGAUCUCGAAAGAAAAACACAAUUUAGCACAUAUACUAAUACGCACCGCUUUUGUCAUAGUCAUAGUGACGGUGGCCGCAGCUGCAGGUACACAUCUGGACACCCUUAUCCAGCUAGUUGGAGCCGUUUGCCUGUCAACCUUGGGCAUACUGAUGCCUGCUGUCAUCGAUAUUGUAAUCAACUGGAAUGACUGGGGCAUAUGGGACUGGAGCCUCUAUAAGAACUUCCUAUUGAUUAUUUGCUCUCUCUUCGGAGCUAUCUGUGGAUCCUACUUUGCACUUGAAAAGUUCUUCUAGUUCUGAACUUGUACAAUGACACGUUAUAUUGUCAAUAACAAUUACGCCUUAACAGUUCAGUCAGAGAAAACCAAAAGUUCGCCAAUUUUGGCUUAAUAUAGAUGGUUUAAAAUCUCUUUAAAACGAAGUGAUCUCAAACUAUCUAUCGGGCUCUUAUAAAGCAAGGAUUACACUUUAAUUGAGAUACUUGGCGACCUCCAAAAUUAUACUCUUUAACAGAGUUUCUAAGCAUUGAAUAUAGACAUUAAAUUGUUUAUAACUCGAAAAUGCUCAGCUUUAGAGAAAAGUUAAUUUUUGGGCUCGCCAAAUAUCUAAAUUAAAGUUAAAACCUUGCUCUACAAGACCUUAAGAAGUAUUUUGAGAUUAGUUUAUUUAAAAAUGAGUUCGACCUUGUUUUUGAGGCUAAAAUUGGCGAAUUUUUGGAUUUCGUAGACUGUUAAAAAGGUUAGUUGACACGAUUUCCGGAAACUCUAUGAUAAAAUGUUGUUUAAAAUAUUUUAUAUUGAUAUAACUCCUUUUGUCAUCGCAUCAGUAAAUCGCAUCACAUGUUAGACUAAGGCUUAUCUACCAAUUUUCCAUUUUGAAUACCGUACUCAUAACUUGAACGCUAAAUAAUUUUAUUGAAAGAGAAUUUUAAACUUAUUUUUACGUAUAUUUAUAGUAAAUAUUAUAUUACGUACCAAGACACUCAAGAUUGAGCAUCACAAAAUGAUUAUUUUGCUGUGUGUGAUAAAAUUGCUUAAAGUGAUUAUGUAAUUUAUAAGUUUUAACCCAGUUGUAUUAUUGAGCAAUAAUAUUGAUGUAUGAUUAUUUACACGUGUUUCUAGAUACUUCCUACUUUUUGUGUCGACGCCAUUUGGACUUUGUAAAUAAUUAAAAUAAAAUUUAUAUUACGUUUUGGUAAGUCUCGUGCUUGAGAAAAAUGUCGUCACUUAAUAAAUUGCCUAUCGACAUUUAUGGUGUUUUGAUUAUCCUCCAACAUUACAUUUUUUGUGUUUCCAUAAGUAAGUAUUCAAAUCUUUUGACUAGGAAUAAGGGCCGUAUCGUCAGUCGUUCCUACAAUAAUUGUAGGACGCCUUUAUGGCCUGCUUGAUUUUCAUAGUUUUCUACGGUUCUGUGUCAGUUCAAAAAGAAAACGUAGCCUCAC